AGUGGAGCAGACGGCAACAGCCACACAAACACACUCCACACACCACCUACACCACCACCACCACCACCACCCGCGCCACCGCCGCCACCACCACACUGUGACGGCUGGAGGCGCAGUGGGGAGCAAGCCGUCAGGGACAGAGCUUGAGAAGAAAGAGAGGGAUCGCAGAGGGAAAGAAGGAGCCAGUUGGAGGAGGCACCUUGUGGAUCAGAGGGGAUUUUCCUCCUGUGCGCUUCUGGACAGGACUAUCUGCUUCUCCCUGAGCAAAAGGAGUUUUUACCGAGGCUUUUUCUUUCUGCUCAUCCUCCAAGCGCCGGGCUCCAGCCGUAUCUACCUAUCUAUCCCGGAGCUUAACAAAACAGGGAGGGAGUGUGAGAGAGCGAGAGAGAGAGAGUAAGAAUAAAGGCACAGCUUCAGCUCAAGACCACCCUUUCCUCGUCGCCCUCCUCCUCCUCCUCCUUUUCUCUCUCUAGCUCCACAUCCAUGUGUGAGUUCAUUGCCGAUUUCACUGUCUUUUGAAGAUAGAGCAGAGGACAGCUCGCAUUCUCCAGGAUACCUCCCAGCCCCCAGUGGGAUCCGGGUCUGGUGUGAGAGAGAGGGAGCGAGAACCAGACAGGAAAACUGAUACACAGGAAGAAGGAAAGAGACUGGGAGAGACAAGAGUAAGAGACGCCCGAGAGCACAUUGAGGGGCAUGUUCAGGGCAGCAGAGAAGAACAGUCAGUCUGAUUUUUAGAGAGAAGAGUGCAAGGAACCGGCAACCGGAUCCCAUCCAUUGCUCCCUCCUCCUCUUCCUCAUCGUCCUUUUCUUCUUCCCUCUCCUUUUACCCUCUCUCCUUCCUCCGUCGCUCCUCAAUUCUCCCUUUUGUUUCCGUGGAUGCCUCCUACAAACCUUUUUAAUAUCUUCCUUUCCACACCUCCUGCCCCCCAAAGCCUUUUUUUUUUUGCGGCCACUCCGGAUUUCUCUCCGUCUCUCUUUCCGGACCUGUCUCGCUUUGUGAGGUUCACCGUGGGCUCCCAGACAAGUAGAGUGACUGAAAUCCCGAGUGCUCUGUGUCCUCACCGUCCCUCCCUUCCUCGGUGCGUUCAUCACAUAAACGCACACCUUGAUAGGAGGAGAGCGCUCCCUCUCUGAAUCCUCCGCUCUUGGAAGCAGUCGUCUGGAGGAUCCACGCCGUCUUCACCUGCGAGCUUCUAUCUCCAGCCUCCUGCGCCUUCAAUUGGAUUCCAGCUACAUGGGAAAACGUUUGGAGCAGCAGCAAAUGUACCCCCACUACACCUACUAUUACCCCCACUAUCUCCAGACCAAGCAAUCCUAUGCACCUCCCCCUCCGCCCAUGGCUCCGCCCAGCCCUGGCACCACAGGAGGUGGAGGAGGUGGAGGAGGAGGAGGAGGAAGUCAUGGAGGAGGGCUAGUGGAGCAGCUUAGUAAAACCAACCUGUACAUCAGAGGCCUGCCGCCCACCACCACCGACCAGGACCUCAUCAAACUCUGCCAGCCAUAUGGGAAGAUCGUGUCAACAAAGGCCAUCUUGGACAAGAAUACCAACCAAUGCAAAGGCUAUGGCUUCGUGGACUUCGACAGCCCUGCAGCAGCCCAGAAAGCGGUGGCCUCGCUCAAAGCCAGCGGAGUCCAGGCACAGAUGGCAAAGCAACAGGAGCAAGACCCCACCAACCUCUACAUCUCAAACCUGCCCCUCUCCAUGGAUGAGCAGGAGCUGGAGAACAUGCUGAAGCCCUUCGGUCAUGUCAUCUCCACACGGAUACUGAGGGAUGCCAACGGCCUGAGCAGAGGAGUCGGCUUUGCUCGGAUGGAGUCAACAGAGAAGUGUGAUGUGGUGAUUCAAAAUUUCAACGGGAAAUUCUUGAAAACACCUCCGGGCAUGACAGCCCCUGCAGAGCCUCUGCUGUGCAAGUUUGCUGAUGGGGGCCAGAAGAAGAGGCAAACCCAGGUGAAGUUCCCCCAGAACGGGCGGCCGUGGCCACGGGAAGGAGAGAGUGGUAUGGCAUUGACGUAUGAUCCCUCCGCGAUGCAGAAUGGGUUUUACUCGUCACCUUACAGCAUCUCCACCAAUCGGAUGAUUGCACAGACUUCGAUCACACCCUUCAUCGCUGCUUCGCCCGUCUCCACAUAUCAGGUCCAGAGUACAUCGUGGAUGCCACAUCAACAGUAUGUAAUGCAACCUACAGGAGCUGUGAUCACCCCAGCAGCAGCUAUAGAGCCCAGUUUGUCUCUCCACCCCUCCAGUGUGAUGGCUCCUCUCACCCAGCAGAUGAACCACAUGUCUCUGGGCACCACAGGCACUUACAUGCCUGCUGCAGCAGCUGCUCCUAUGCAAGGAACCUACAUUCCCCAGUACACUGCAGUGCCUGCCUCUGCCAUCACAAUGGAAGGUGUGGUGACAGACCCAUCAUCACAGACAGCUGCCUCCUCCCAGGACGCCAGCGGGCAGCAGCCUUUAUCAGUGGAGAAUACAGGAGAUCAUUCGACAGCCUACUCUUACCAGCAGUCUAAAUAACGUGAAGGGUCAAUCAUUGCUGCGUUGCCUGGACGGAGGCGAUGGAGACAAAGAAAGGAUCAAAAUGAAACCGGGACAAAAAAAAAGUGUUAUGUGAAACAUUGGGUGUGAAUGCUUCCACUGUGCACAGGCACAACAUAAAAGACAAAAUGAAAAAAAAUAUAUAUUUCUUAUCUGGUUGAGCCAAGAGAAAUGAUGGUUUGCUGAACUUGAGGACGCGGGAAUCAAACGCAGUCUGCAUCUUUGAGUCUAUCAUUUCUCACUGUGAGACUGGACUUGGCCACCGAAGGAAAAAGAGAAGACAGACUGAAAUCUAAAGUCAACAACAACCAAGCUGUACAGAAAAAAAGAACAUUUGAAUGUGCAGGUAGAUUUUCAGACUUUUUUUAUCAAAAAUGUAAGGAAGCAAAGUCUAGAAAAAAAAAAGGUUGUCUUCCUUUGAUAUUAAGCUACAUUAUUUUCAUUAUUUUUAUUGUUUGAGUAGUUUUCUAGAAUAUCAAUGUUUUCGUAAAUCUUUAUUGCCUUAAUUUUCUCAAAAUUUGGGAAUAAAAGUUUCCAUAGUGUUGAGUUAUUUUAAAAUAAGAAUGAUAGAAUGAUUUGAGAAGUUCCGAGAAUAAAUCUAAAAAGCUAUUUGUACAGGGAAAAAAAGGUUGUAAUUGUAUGAAGAUGAUUUUAAAUUAUGUGGUGCAGCUGAUGUUGGUUGGUGGGAAAAAUGUCUUUAAUGCAACUUGUGGGAAGGAUCAAUCCAUUGCUUCCUGGAAAAUGCAGUUAAGUUUAAUCAUGGGAUAAAAGUUCUGUUUCUUCAUCACAUUUGUAUUUUCUGUUUGCAUUCCUAUAACCUAUAAAAAAGGGUUUAGCUAUGCCUGCUUUGCUUGUCUCACUGCAAAAUGAAAAGUAAAAAAGGAACAUUUCUGACAAUGACACAAAGCAGAAAUAAACGCUAGGUUUUUUAAAUGUGCAAAAAGCAAUAGUUUUAGUAAAACUGCUGACAGUUUCUUGAGUCUUUCUUAACCGUUGAACAAAAGCAGCCAUCAUGUGGCAUAUUUUAUACCAAAGAUGAAGAAACUAGUUAGUGAAGAGGUAUUCCUCAUGUUGCUUUUUUGUUAUUUUCUUCACCUCUGAAAUUAGAUUGUUAGAUUUUUAUUGAUUGUCAUGCUGUUGAAGGAGCACAUCCAGUAGGUCUUGAACAAAGAAGAGGGGGUGUUUUCUUUGUCAAGUUAUCAUACACAGUGACGAUCUAAAGUGGCACUGUAACAUCUGGAUGUAACUUGGAACAUUGGUGUGUACUUUUAAAAUCCAUGUACACACCCAACAACUCCCUCUUCAAGCUGCAGCAACAAAUUACAAAUAGCGUAACACUGCGAUGCUGUGGCUCGCUGUGAUGGCCCGACAAAAUGUUCCUAUUUUGAAAACGCAUCAUCUCAGUCCAUAAGACAAAAUGUUUCACGCCACUAUCUCGCCAAACAAAAGCCAUUUAGAAUGGGAGCCGGGCGAGGAUCUCUCUCCGAGGAAAGGCCAUUUCUUUUGAAGAAAACCCAUUUCAACUUGUAUAUUCCAAAAGGUUGAGGAGAGAUGGUGUGCUUCUCUUUUUGUGUUGCCUUUUUGUUUGUCUUUCUCGAGAGUUGAUUAAGACGUGUGAGCUGCUAGAUACUUUUCAUGAAUGAGGCUUGAGGCGGUCUUGUGUUCAAAAUGACAGCAAUUGACGAUUGGAAGCCAAGAUACUGUAAAGACACCUAAACGUCAUCCUUGACAUCACAACUGCGAGAAGAUGCGAGAAUAAUCAUUUAUUUUCCGGUCCUAGCUGGUAAAAGAAUCUGCAUUAUUUGUAAGUUACAGGGCGUCACACCGCUAACGCUCCACCUACUCGACACUCCGCCAAUGAAAGGAGGUUAAUGGAUACGUAGGAACAGACUGACACAGUUCAACCAAAAUCAAGCAAAUACAAACCUCUAUAGGAAAAUAAAUUAUUGAAAGAAAAGAACGUAGAGAAAGCGAGAACAAAAGUACUAUUUAUGAGAUCUUUUUUUGUACAGGUGUGUAAAAGAAGAUGCAACAGAAUUAACUUUGAUGCUAUUUUUUUAUUUGCUUGUUCACAUGCCUCCCAUAUCUUUCAAAUUGUGAUUCUGAGAGUGUCUGUAGAACCAGUGGAUAUUUCUGUAGUUUCAAAUGUCUCUUUUCCUUUGUUUUCUUUUUAGACAAGUCUUUCAAUAAUAAAAUGUUUUAAACAGUCA